AUGAAAUGCCUUGAAGGGCCAGGCCAAUCCUGUGGACCAUUGGUUCCUGAGGAAGAGCGGGUGUCUGUCUCCCAGCUGGAAGAAGAAGAGAAUGAAGAGGAAGUAGAGGAGGAGGCGGCGGCCGAGGAGGUGGAGGAUCCAGACCUGGCCCGGAGCCCAGAGGAGGAUGGGAAGGAAGAGAGUGACCCUGAGGAUCUGGCUGCAGUCCAUGCUGCCCAUAACACACAGAGGGGUCUGCCCAGCUACCCUGGAGUUAGGGCCCCUGGUGUUCUGGGAUUGCCACCUGCCUGCGUGCACUUGAUGGGGCAGACGGCUCUUCUCGCACCUCCCGGCUCCUCUCUUCCCCUGGAUCAUCUGUCGCCAAUCCCUUUGCAGCCUGCACGUCCCAGCGCCAGCCCGUCAGCACGGCAUUUUGGACCUCGACUGGCCACACCAGACCCAAUUCUCUGUGGCCCGCUGACCUCUUGUCCCCCCAGGUCCAGUCAUCUGACCCAGCUCCACCCUCAGCACCAGCGGAUCUUGGAGCAGCAGCAGAGUAGAACACCAAGUCCCCCAGCAAAGAAGCCCUGGUCUCAGCAGCCAGACCCCUAUGCUAACCUCAUGACCCGAAAAGAGAAGGACUGGGUGAUAAAAGUGCAGAUGGUUCAGCUGCAGACGGAGAACCCCCGCCUGGAUGACUAUUACUACCAGGAAUAUUAUCGGAAACUAGAGAAGAAGCAGGCAGACGAAGAGCUAUUGGGACAGAAGAACAGGGUUGAGUCUCUCAAGCUGGAAACGCCCUACACACAGAAGGCAGAGGUUUACGAGUCAGUGGUUCGAAUUGAGGGUUCUCUGGGCCAAGUAGCUGUGUCAACGUGUUUUAGCCCUCGCCGCGCUAUUGAUGCUGUACCCCAUGGAACUCAAGAGCAGGAUACUGGAGCUGCAAGCAGUCAAAGGCUUCACCUAUUGCACCGGAUUGAGAAGAUGUUCCUGCAGUUACUGGAGAUCGAGGAGGGCCAGAAGGAUGGGCCCUCACAGCCCUGCCGCUCUGAGCAGCACAGCAACCAGGUCGAGAAGCUCUUCCAGGCUCUAAAGACCCAGGAGCAGAACAACCUGGAGGAGGCAGCAGAUAGCAUCCUGCAGGUGCUCUCCGUGAGGAAGGGGAAAGCCCUGGUGGCCCGGCUGCUGCCCUUCCUGCCCCAGGAUCGGGCUGUCAGCCUUCUUCUGGCUAUCACCCGCCACCUGCCCCUUCUGGUCCGGAGGGACGUGACUGACCAGGCCCUACACAUGCUAUUCAAACCUCUGGGCAAAUGUAUCAGUCACUUAACCUUCCAUGAACUCCUCCGAGGACUUCAGGGACUCAUGUUGCUACCACCCGGCUCCUCGGAGCGACCACUCGCCAUGCUGCUUCAGAAUCAGUUUGGAAUAUCUUUGCUCUAUGCUCUGCUGAGUCAUGGGGAGCAGCUGGUAUCCCUGGAUUCUACUGUAGAGGAACCCAACGGUGACCAUACAAGUUGGACAGACAUGGUAGUUCUGAUUGCCUGGGAGAUAGCCCGAAUGCCUACAGCCUCUCUGGCAGAACCACUAGCCUUCCCCAGCAACCUACUUCCCCUGUUUUGUCACCACGUGGACAAACAAUUGGUUCAGCAGCUAGAAGCCAGGAUGGAGCUUGCCUGGAUCUACUGA